AUGUUUCCCUGGGCCGCUGCGCGAAGGGCUUUCUCCAGCAAAGGCUAUCGAGUGAAGAGGGUGCGAUACCCAUGGAAGGAGGAGCUCAUGCGAGACUCAUGGAGCUUUCUCAAGCAAGAUAUGAUCGCGCACUUUCAGCAGAUACCUGAGCGGGACUCCACAGUGCACAUCCGUGCAGAUCCGUGGCCGAGGUUCACGAUGAAGGAAUUUCUCGCGGAGAAGGGCCUGCUGCCUGCGGUGAUCACAAAGUAUGGCCCCAACCGGAAGGUCACGUUCAACAAGGCAGAGAUAGAACGGAUAGCUUUCGACGAGCCCGAAGGACACGUGUCGCACUUGUUCAAAGGCCGACUCUUCCGCAUCCACGUGGGCCAAUGGAUCGAGGAGUGCGUGGUGAAGGACUUGCAAGCCCAUCCCGUGGAGCAGGAGCUGUAUUUUGUGCGCUUCGAACGACAUGUGCCUGGGAACAUGACAGUGGUACCGAUUCCGGUAUCGAUCUCAGGCCUGUGGGGAUGCCCCGGCUACCGCAAGGGCGGCCAUGUAGAAGUGGCCCUGCCGACAGUUCUUUGCGAGGUGGUUGGUGAGCGGAUACCUCCUCCGCUUAUCGUCGAUGUGAGCAACCUUCAUCUCGAGGAUCCCUUCGGCAAGAUCACUCUCAGAGAUAUGCUCUCCCUCCUUCCCAAGGACGGAACAGUGCGUUUCGCACGCGAGUAUAGCAUGGACGAAGAGGUGGUCACGUGUUAUGACCCGAAGGCACUUGGUGAAGUUCCUCUGCCACACGAUUGGCAAGAUCCGAACUUCGACCACCGUGGGGGUCGCUAUCACUUGACGUACACCGGCUUCUGGCCCAAGCAGACGACGCGAGCUUGA